AUGUAUUAUUUAACUGAUAGAGAAAUAAUAUCAAUACCAGAAUUUAAAACUCCCAACUUUAAUUUAUGGCCUAGUAGUGAUAAAGAAAAUGAUUUAGGGAAACCAACAUUUGGAUUAGUUAAUUCUCCAAUUUAUGAUGGUACAAAGAAGGGAUCAUUUUCUACUAUAAAUAUCCCCAUAUAUUCAUUUCUUCAUAGUACAUCUAAUGAAAAUAUUAAUAAUAAUAAUGAAGGUGAAAUUGUUAAAACUCAAUGUUCAAGUAUUUUAUUUGAAGAUACCAAAUCUGUUGAAGCAUUAUCAUUACCAAGAUCAUUUAGUGAUAAUGAUUGGAAGGAAAUGAAGACAAUUAUGGAUAAAAUGGCAAUUCUUAUAGAUGAUCAAAAAUUCUAUGGGAUGGCAUAUGUAUUUGCUGAUUUUAAUAAAAUGAAGACUGAAGAAACUAAAAAUAAAUUUAUUGCUGAAAAUUUCUUUAAGACUGAUACUGUUUCAGUAUGGCUUGAUAAAUAUAAAAUUUAUUUCACAGUUAGUACUAUAAUAUAUACUGAUGCAGGAGAUAGGAAUAAACCUAAAGUUCGAAUCUUCUAUGCUCAAGUAUUUUCAAAGGACUGGAAAGAGAAGAGACAUUUCCGAUUUCCUAAUUAUUCAAGAUAUUUCCCAUCUAUUCUUCCAAUUCCAAUGGAUUUUAAUAAUGAGAAAGGCAAUAAAGUAGGAGAUAUUGGACCUAAAGAUCCUCAAAUAAUCUUAAGGAAAACGAUUAAUGCUGAAACAGGUGAAAUCUCAGAAGAGCCAAUAAUAAUAUAUACUACCAAAGUUAAGAAGAAUAGUUUUAAAAGAGUAAUGCAUGCUAUGCAUCCACUUAUUAAUACCGAUAAACCACCCGUACCACUUAAAUUCCCCUUUGAACAUGAAAAUGAAAUUAAAGAAGAAGAAAAGAAUUGGAUUCCAUUCUUUAAUGAUCAAGAUGAUGAUAUUAAUCAUAUACAUUUCAUCUAUAGUUUAAAACCUUUAACUAUUGCUAAAUGUCAUAUAUGGGAAGGUAAUUGUACUAUUACUACUAAUGAAUUCUAUAAAAUUAAUUCACCUGAUACAAGAUCAACUCAACUUACAAGAAUUCCAACGGCUUUAAUUCCAAUUAAUAAAUUUACUAAUAAUAAAAUCUUUUGGACAGGAUUUAUCUCUUCAAAUGUUCAAAAAUGUGGUUGUAUUAAUGAAUUAUGGAGACCUCAAUCUACAUUAUUAUCAUUUAAUACAAUUACCGGAAAGUAUACUAUAGAAUAUAUUAGUUCAUUACUUGAUUUUAAUAUUAAUCCUCCAACUUGGGGUCAUCAGCAGAAAUCCAUAUGUGAAGAUGGUAUAUCUAAAUUUACUCCUGGAUCCAUUGUGUAUUGGGAUUUUGAACGAUCAAGUGAACUUGACAGUGAAAAUAUUGAUAUAGAAACUGCUCUUCAACAAAAUGAUUAUAUGGCUAUCACUUAUAGUAUGUCUGAUAAAGUCAGUAAGGUCUUACUCUUAAGAGGUUGGCUCAAACAUAUAAGGAAUGUAUUACUGACAGAUAGAAUUAAUGAUGAUGAUAUACUAUCCACUGAUCUAUCACUUUUACAAUGCUCACUAGAGACUUCUGAAUCGUAUUGUAAAGCUUCAGAAGAUAAAUUCAAAUGGAGCACAAAGACUUCGGAUUAG